CGCAUCAUGGGCACAAACUAGGUUAGUCAGGGAAAGGUAUGGGACAAGGAUAUAUAAAGAUGGCACCUUGGGGCGGAGACUUGUGAGUACAUGAGGUAAACCAACAGAGAUCCCAUACCCUCGACUCUUUCAUCCAAUUCCCCGCUACCCAGCGAAUCCAGUCUUGAUUUAAUCAUGAAAUUCCAUCUCUGGGCUGUCGCCCUCGCAUCGGCACUCUGUGUCCAAGCCAACGAAUGGCACGCCUAUUACCGCCUCGAUAGCAAAGCAUACCAGACAAAAUUUGAUCAAAUGGUCUCGCAAGGCUAUAGACUCAACUCAGUCAGCGGGUACGAGUACAAUAAAGAACCAAACUUUGCCGUUAUCUUCGAAAAGAGGCCCUCCCCGGCCUGGAAGUCUCACCAUGGGAUGACCUCCGACCAAUACCACCAAAAGUUCGAAGACUACCUGAAGCAAGGAUACCGCGUUGUCCAGGUCAAUGGCUACACAAUCGAUGGAAAGGACCGCUACACUGCUAUCUGGGAAAAAGACUCAUCUGUCCCUUGGAUCUCGCGUCAUGGAAUGAACAAAGAAUGGAUGCAGAAAUAUUUCGACAAGUACCUGGAGGAGGGAUACAGAAUGACCCAUGUUAGCGGGUAUGAGGUUGACAAUGAGAGUCGCUAUGCUGCUGUUUGGGAAAAGCGGGAUGAUCCUACUCCCUGGGUUUCUGCUGGGGAACUCAACUCGACUGCUUACCAGGCUACGUUUGACAAACAUGUGAAGGAUGGGUACCGACUUGUUGACGUGGACGGGUAUCAGGUCGGAGAUGAGGUCAUGUAUGCGGGAAUUUGGGAUAAGUCUGCAUCUGGUGCGUGGGUAGCAAGACACGGUGUCGAGUCUUCCAAGUUUCAGGCUGAGUUUAACAAGUACCGUGAUGAAGGCUAUGUGUUGAAGACUUUUAGUGCCUACAAUGAUGGGACAGCGGAUCGCUAUGCUGCUAUCUGGGUUAAAUAGCUUUGGAGCUUUGACCAACGUCAUAUAGAUUCUCGAGAAAUCAGAUGUACAUACAGAGAUUUGAGUAACUGUUGAUCGCUGCUAUUUUGGACAGGCUUGCUUAUCAACUUUACUUUUGUAUAGAUAUCCCGAACUGGUCACC